ACUACCAAUGUUGCGCAAACGUGUGUGUGUGUGUGUAACACCACUGACUUGUGGAAUAUGGUUCUUGUCUAAACCAAACACCGCUACAGCCCAGAUGAUUUGAAGUCUCCAAAGAAUAAACAUUUGAAUUAUCCCUAAGCUGUUCAUAAGCACACGUCUCCAGUAGUGUUAAUAUUUUUUUUGUUUCAUGUGAAAUAUCUUGACAACAGCGUUAUUGGAUGGAUUUCUAUUAUACUUGGUCCAGAUGCUAAAGCUCUCCUUGAUCCUCAAAGGGUCAAACAGUUGAAUCUCUUUAAAUGUUUUGGUCUGUGACCCAAAAAUAGCAUCUCUUAUAAAACUAUGAAAUUAGAAUUAAUCUGGCUCACAAAGGCUGCUUCCAAACACUUGAUGUCAGGACUGUGUCUGAAGAAUGUGGAGAGGCAGGGGCUCUGUGUGAGUGUCUGACCAAUGUUGCUCUGGACACUCUGAGAUUUUCCUGCCAGCUCUAAUCUUGUCUAAUCUCCAGAUAAUGUCUGAGUGAGCUCAUGUGAAAAUACAGCAGCAGAAACUACUGAUAAUCUAUAGUGACUGUCCUGUUUUUUGCAGGCUCAAGGCAGACAAUUGUCUGGACGCAGACAUUAAAUGUAAUACAUGUCUGAAAAGUCCCGUAUUUCGGCAACCAUUUGUUAAUUUGAGACUUUUUAGCCUAAAUGCAACACAAUUCAGGGAAAAGUAAGGUUUGUAUUAUAGUCGAGCCGGGAUCAUUUCAUCCUGUGUGCUGAGACGUUGACUCUGAUCAGUGUUUGUCCACCAUAAGGGAUAAUGCAUAAAAUAUUAGACUAUUUAGAGCACAGUCUGAAUGUGAAACACAUGCACCAAAUUAUAAAGAAGCUGAUACACGUGGGGCAGGAAAUUCCCUCAAGUGCGUUUACAGUAUAAGAUACGGAAGCUAUAUCACUCACAGAUGGAUUCAUUUUCAUGGGAUUUCUAACAUGUGUUUUUGCAUCAGUUCACUUACUGUUCACCACUGCAAUUUACAUGUCAUCAAGUCUGACCUCAUUCCGACGCCUGGUGUCUUUAUAUAGACCCUAUACAGCAGAGGUCUCAAACUCAUGGCCCGCGGGCCACAUGCGGUCCUCCAAAAAGUUAUUAAUGGCGUUAUUUCUGUAUGCUUUUUUUUUUUAGUGAUAGAUAUAUAAUAGAAUUUUGCAUUGUAAAUAAAUUGUUAUUGUGAACACAGACACUUUUAUUUUGAAAUGUAAAAUCUAUUUUUAAAAGCAAAAUAACCGUGCCAUGCUGUGCCGAGGCAAAUAGAGUCGCGUUAGUGGAAAAGCGCCAACACUAUGCACUUUAAAGGUCCAGUAGGCAACAUUUAUCAACAUUAAUUGAAUACAAAAUUCAAUAUUAUUCAUUUAUCACCCAUAAAUGAAGAACUGUAGUGUUAGUCAUUGAAGUAAGACUAUAAUAUUACAUUACAUGUCAUUUAGCAGACGCUUUUAUCCAAAGCGACUUAGAAUAAGUGCAUUUCAACAUUUGGAUACAAAGAGAAUUCAGUUUGUUGCUAUUAUGCAACUUCACCCAUAGAUGCCACUGCAUCCUACACAUUGAUCAUGUAAAUAUGUAUGUAUGGAAGCUUGUUAUGGAUGAAGCUUGAUCCCCACGUGUAAAAUGGCACUGCUUCUGUUCUUACACCCUGAAAACGCGACGUAUGGGGGGGGAUUCAGGGUCUGCACCACACGCUGACCAUAACUAUAAAGUGACUGCCAACGAAACAGGAAUGAGACUAUUUUUCAAACUGUCACCGUGGCAGCUCAGAGGAAGUGUGCAGUGAUUAUAUUGCACUACAGGGAGUAACCUUCAAGUGCUGUCUUUUUACUUUACUGUGGUGAAUAGAGUGUGAAAUGUGUCGGCAUCGCUGUGUGUAUAUGUUUGACAUGUGCAUUAAAGUGUGCGCUACAUUGUCUGUCAGGUCUGAAUAAUCUGCAGAAAAUUAACUUCUGUCUCCUUCCAUUUGUUCUUAGGCCUAAACCUACAUGACAGGCCCUCACUGUUGCUGCUGACCUCUGCAGCUCACAGGCCUCCAGCUCAUAAUUCCUGACCAGCAGGACUCCUCUGCCGUAGAAGCUGUGCUGGAGGUGCUGCUUCUCUGUCGCUCUGUAAAGUUACAUUUUAACUUGCAUGAUGUGACUCUGGGAACUCUUGUGUGUCUGUGAGACCAUCAGGAGCCAUCAGAGAAAACGUCUAAUGAACACACUCAGCAAACCUGACCUGCUCUGACCCCAACACCACAGGAGGACGAUCAAGUCCCUGUCCCUUUUCUCUGGGACACUUCUGCGAGGCAGAUGCUCUUCAUCGAGCUGAGGAACGAGCUCCAAGUGUGUUCCACCCUCAUGUUGUGUCAGAUCACGAGGAGGAGGAUGAUGAUGAUAAGGAUGAUGAUGAAGGGGACCGCGUUUUACCUGCUCGCCGUCAUGUUGGCCCGGGUCUGCUCGGGUCUUGGAUAUGCGGAGUCCAGUGUUCAGACCGGACAGAGAGCAGCGAGCAGACACAGGAACUGGUGUGCUUAUGUGGUGACUCGCACGGUUAGCUGUGUGAUGGAGGACGGGGUGGAGACGUACAUAAAACCGGAUUACCAGCGCUGCACCUGGGGACAGUGUCCUAGAGUUGCCUACCGGACAUACAGGAGGCCGAGGUAUAAGGUAGCUUACAAGAUGGUGACAGAAAUGGAGUGGAAGUGUUGCCAUGGUUACUCCGGGCAAGACUGCCAUGAUGGGCCACAGGUAACCACCACCACCAACACUCAGGUCAAUGGAGGGCGACCUCGUGUCACACAAACGGGCUUCAACACAGGUGGCGGGCAGAGAGGAGAAGGUGACUCGGAGAAGAUUAAACAGCUGGAGGAGACGAUCCGUGGUCUGAGCAAAGACCUGCACAACAUGCAGACCACCAUGCACGGCAUGAACCAGAGGCUGUCUGGUCUGAGUGGAUCAAUUGUCCCCGCUGAUUCAGCUCAGCCACACAUGAAAGAAACCAUCAACAGCAUCCAGACGAAGCUGGACCACCUGUAUAACAGGACGCAGGUCCAUGAUCAGACUCUGCUCACCAUCAACAACCACCUGGUGAACGGUGGGGGCAACGAGCUGGAUGGAGCUGGCACAGGAGGAGGAGGAGGGGGAGGAGCUGCGGGGAACCAGCUGAACUCGCUGAAGGAGGAGAUACUGACAGAGCUUGAGAGAAGAGUGUCUCUGUCCUGCUCCGCCUGCCAGGCUGGUGUGGAAGACCUGAGGCGCCAGCAGCAAGAAGACCGGGAGAGGAUCCAGGCCCUGGAGAAACUGCUCAGUUCUAUGGACCAGCACUUGAGGCAGAGCGUGGAAAUGUCCCACAGUGAGACUCUACGCUCCCAGGCCUGCUGUAAAACAGUCUCAGAGUUUGAAAAGAAGCUGUCUGAUGUAGAGGUCCGAGUCACCUCCACUGCAAACAAAUGUGAAACCAUUAAAGGACGCCUGGACAAGGAGCUCGCCGGGACGGGUGGAGGAAAGGGAAAAGUGACGGAGGACAGGUUGAACGGCAGACUGAGAGAAUUAGAGAAGAGGGUGAACAACACUGUGAGGAAGGUAGAGCAGAGGUGCACUAAUAGUGGGAACAACAUGAAGGACAGUGUCCAGCGAGACGUCACACAGCUGCGUAACAUGGUCCUCACUCAGAUGGAUGACCACACCUUUAAGAUAGGCAAAAUAGAGCUGGACGUGGCCGUCCUCGGAGACACAGUGAGGGAUCACAGUCGACGUUUAGGUCAGCUGGAGAACAUUACAACGAUUUUAGACCGAAGAUUAACGUCAACCACAAACAUGUGCAAUGAGACCUGUGGGCCUAAUGGAAAAGGAGAAAAGACUGAGGAGACUGUGAAAACACUAGAGUGGAGAGUUGUGGCCAAUCAAGAGGACAUCCAGAGGUUUGACACCAAGUUAAAUGAUUUGUCUGUGUCAGGAGACUCCUUAAGUGACAAAGUGAUCACCUUAACGGAUGACGUCAAAAAGAUCAUUGCGGUGACCGGGCUAAAUGGUGAGCGCUUUAAUCGGAUUGUCUCAGAAGUUGAUGAGCUGGCCCGUAGUUUUGAGGAUUGCUCGAUUUGCAGCUCAGUAAGAAACGAUUUGCUCUCGCUGACCAACACCACCAUCAGCGGCCUCAGCAUGUGCCAGUCAGAGCUGACCGACCUGAGGAGAAAAGUGGAUUCUGGAGAAUCUGCGUGCUCUCAGGUGUGCUCUAACCUUCAGGAGGAGGUGGGACGACUCCGAGAGGAAGUGGAGGAGUGCACAGGACAGUGUAAAACCAACAUCAAUGACCUGGAGAAACGCCUGGACGGUCACACCGUCCACAACGGGAGAUUGGGAGGGGAUCUGAAGUCCAUCCAAGGAGAACUUGCUGGGGUCAUGGUCACAUUCAACUCCAUUAAUAACACGCUGAAGGGCCUGGGAAGGACUGUGCACACACAUGGGAACACGCUGACUGAUCUGACCAACAGCAAGGAUGAAAUCAUUUCCGAGGUGAACAACCUGCAGACGGAGCUGAUGGAGCACGUUGACGACUCAAAGAUUCGACUCGACAGCUUGGGUAACGAAAUCCAAAUAAUCACGAGCAACUAUGUGAAGGAGGUGACGGAGUGCCGGCGGACCAGCGAAGGCCUCGAUCGAAGAAUCACCACGCUGGAGGGAGUGUGCGUGCACGCCGACUCUUUUUCAGACGGCCUGGACGGGAUCAAGGACGGACUGGACGGACACGUGACAGAGCUUUGGAGUAGCAUUAAUGGACUCAACGUCACGGUGACAUCACAAGGAGACGUUAUCCACGACAUCCAGCACGUGCAGCUGGAGAACGUCCACGGCAAGAUACGCGGGCUGAAUUCCUCAGUGCUCGACUUGGCCAGGGAGUUCCACAGUUUCAUAGAACAGGACUUCAUGGGUCCACCAGGUCUGCCAGGACCACGUGGAGAGACAGGCGAGCGUGGAGUCCAGGGUCUUAUAGGACUUCAAGGGAGGGUGGGACCCCCAGGCAGAGAAGGCAAGCAGGGGCCAGUGGGACCACCAGGUCUCAGAGGUGAACAGGGUGCUGCAGGGUCCGAUGCCCACGUGCCACGCCUUUCUUUCUCGGCUUCACUGACUCGUCCGAUGAGACGCGCGGGAACCAUCGUGUUUAACGAGGUCUUUGUCAAUGAAAACAAUGUCUACAAUCCAAGAACAGGUUACUUCACUGCUCCUGUGAGUGGCAAGUACUUCUUCAGUGGUAUUCUUACGGGCCACAAGAACGUGAAGAUCGAGGCCGUGCUGUCCAAGUCCAACACCGGCGUGGCCCGAGUGGACUCAGCCGGGUAUCAGCCAGAAGGCCUGGAGAAACCCAUGGCGGAGGCCAAACACAUUCCCGGAGCUGUAGCCGUCUUCAACAUUAUCCUGCCCAUGGAGGCUGGGGACACCGUGUGCAUCGACCUGGUGACUGGAAAGCUGGCCUACUCCUCUGAACCUCUGACCAUCUUCAGCGGGAUGCUGCUGUACCAGACCGUCUGAUCACAUGGGCUUUAUUUAUGACUCGUCAGUCCGGGUGAAUCUGUCAGCGCGCAACUGAACUCUUAAAGAGACAGAGACAUCGAGACAAGAAGACUGAAAAAUGUGGACUGGAUUCAUUCAGCAAGACAAUAGAGAAUAUACUUAUACAUCUUAUUUUGUUAAGAGAGAAUGAAAAAGGAAACUAAUGUUCAGUCACAGCGAUUUGUGUUUCACAGCUUUAAGGAAAACUUUGUUGCCACUGUGGGGUUUUCAUGUCAUUCUAUACAUAACGUGCUAUAAACUUGAAUUCUUUACUGAUUACACAAUAUUAGCCUUCAGGUCUUACAGGUGUUAAUGAAAGGCUACUUAGUCGGAUGAUACAAGAUAAAAUACACGUGUGUUUGUUUUGUUUUCCACACACAGACACUAUCAAGACUGUUAUGACACAUUUCUGCCCCCAGUGUGUUUUGUAGUUUGUUUUCGUUCUUUUUUUUUUUUCGCUCAGUUUCACUUUGACCGCAAGCAAAUUCCCAGAAACAUUAUGCUGAAAACCAAUUAUCUUGGAAGACAUUCACAGUGAUGUAGGUGGAGUGGGGCACAGUCCAAACCACUAUUCUUCAGAGGGGAAAUCUGAAAUGAAGUCACAGACAGUUCAGAAACCGCAGGAUUUCAUAAAUCGGACGUCAGCACAACAAUAAGACCAUUUUAGGAGGGAUAAUAAGAAGAUUGAAUGGCCAGGGGAAAGUGUGGGGAUUUCUUUUCUCUGACCUAAUAAGGCCCAUCUAAAUUCUCUGGAAGAUCAAACAGUUACAGUUUGGAGUCCACAUUACAUUGAAGUAUUUAUGUAAAGCUAACAAUAACAAACCAAGAAGCUACACAUACCAUUGUCUCUGUGCUGCAAAUCCCUAACAACCUUUCAUCCUGCGUUUAAUUGAAAAGCCUCCAGAGGAAAGUAUGUGCAAGUUAUACUACAAGUCUGUAGAUAUUCUUAAAAGGAAGACUGCACAUUUUCUAUACACAUAUGGCAUUAUAUUAUGGUGGAAGUGACACAUUAAUAUCAGCUUAUCAGGGUUUGCUCAUAUUUUGACACUUUUCUUCAUCAGUGUUAAGUGUAUAACGUGUAACCAUAAAGGAGUGUAAAUAUUUUUCAUCUGUUUUGCCCUUAUAAGAUUUUUAUGAAUUGCCACUUCACUUUGCCAGGUACUGUACAUGUUCUGUAUGAUUUUACCACGUGUGCCUCAAAUACAGCUACCCUGUUUUUACACA